GGGGGGUUGGCCGCUUGCGUCCCGACUGGUCCGCGCACUGGUCUUGCUACGGCACUGGUAGUUAUAUCGGACCAAAUUCACGACAGGUGGUUCGCAGAUCCGGCGACCUCGCAGUCUUCAGACGAUAUUGCUGGCGGAACUUGUGGACCACCGACCGGGCACUUUGUGGACCAAACGACCGACCAGCCAGGAUUUCUCCUCGCGCUCUCGAAAACCGCGUCGAUGGAGCGCCCCUCUGGAACGCCCUCGCCUUCGGCCGGACACCGGACGGCCUCGGCGGUGCAAGAUCAGGGUGAGAGCGUUGAAAGUUCUGCAACGGAAGAGCCUCAACUAGCGCCCAAGCAUUUCGCAUCCCAGGGGACCGGGCCCUUUGUGAGGCGAGACAAGGACAUAAUCGAGGAUGCUCGACUUGAGAGACGGGAUACCGCUGAGAGUUCCCUCUCCGACUUUUGCCCGCAGCGAAGCAAUACCGACUGGUCCAUCGCGGGGUCUACAGCCACCGACUUGACUGAUCUCAACAGCCCCGACGUCGCCUUCGCUGACGAAGGCUCCAACAUCGAAGCGGAGAUUUACGCGUCGUCACCACGGCGUAGCGGCUUGUUCCCUCGUCCAAUAGCCUUGCAGAAACGGCCAGCAAUUCGUGUCCCGGCCGUUUCCUCCGAGGCAGAUAAAUCCCGAGCAUCACCCUAUAGCUCAUCGCCCGAUGCGUUAACUCUUCGACACCGUCGUCUGGAACAAGUGGCCUCGAGGAAGUCGAGCCUCAGCCAAUACACGGUGCCUGGUACAUCGGACAAACCGCCUUCUGGUGUGGAAUCGAGCUCUUCGGGCGCCCGAGAGACCUGGGCCAUCGAGCCUUGGAUUACGGCGGACGACGCCAUCCCAGAACACGCGGACAGUCAUGAUGGAGAAAGGACUGGCCCCGGCACGAUGGGCGUGACAUCUGGCGAGGAGAGUGCGGCACGACAAAACGAAACGGAUGCUGAUGCCGAAGUGGAGGAUGAGGCGGCGACCUCCGGCGAGACCACCCCGAGCAAGAGCGUGCGCGAAGAAGCUGAAGCGCCAGCAGACGCUGUUACUCCCGGGCCUCGUGUGCGGCGCAGCUCAAUAUGUAGCGAGGAAUCGGACCGAUGCGAGGACCGAAGUGGGCGGUCGACGCCCAAACCACAGGACAACAUAAUUCACGAGGUUUGCGACUUGGUUCUCCAGCAGGCAUUCGGUGUUCAGCUUCACGACGUUGCGCUCGUGGGGACCGCCUCGUCGGUCUAUGAAUCUGUUAGCUACUGCUUGGACGAGCUCUCCCACAUCGUCCUCAACAGCGGUCUUAGCAAUACCGGCAUAGUCAUCGACGAGUCAACGUGGGGUAGAACGAACACUAACGCUGUUCCGAUUUGGCCGGCCGGGGGCGUCGCGGAUGGGAUCGGUUCCGGUGGCGGGGGAGGCGGAGGUCAGGGCAAUGGCGGCGGGAGUCGGAAACGGUUCAACGCUGGGGAUGACCAUGGCGGCGGUGCUGGCGACGGCAGUCCCGGUGGCGGGAAACGGCAGAAGGUUACGCAAGCCCAGCAACCGUUGGCCGAUAUGCAUUUCAGCUGCCCGUUCCGCAAGAGGAAUCCGGUCCGUUUCAAUGUCCGGGACUUCCAGAAUUGUGCUGUCCAGUCAUUCCCGGAUGUUCCUCAACUCAAGCGCCAUGUCAAAAACUUCCAUAAGCAGACGGCGGUUUUGCCCUUCACGUGCCCUCGGUGUCGGCGGGCUAUGGGGACACAGAAGGCCUUGGAUGAACAUAUUUCUGUCGGCAAGGAUCAGAUCUGCGACCCCCAGGCGGUGCCGCCCAGUGCGGACCCAGAAGACGGCAUCACGCCGGUGAUCGAAGAGGCUCUCAAUGAACGCAAGGCGGACGGCAAGAUUGACGGCUGGACGGGUCUGUGGGGUUGCUUGUUCCCCGGGGAUGCUGACAUCCCCGAGCCCGAUUUUGUGCCCCCGACUGAGUUGGAUGAAGUGUAUGCUCAGCUCAACACGGACUAUGCCAUGGGUCAGCUGCGGGAACGGAUUCAGGAGGGACUGGGAGUGGCUGGAAACGCCGAGACCCUGUUGGAUGUUUUCAAGAACCAUAUCGACUCGGUUUUCGAGGCUUGCCGACUGAAUUCUGGUGGGGCGGCCAGCAGUCGCAAACGGUUACGGAUACACACGUCGCGACAACAGAUGGCAAGUCGGCGGAGCUCGGUACUGCUUACCCCCGGAAGACAGGGCUCAGGACGUUCCGAGAGCACCCUUUCAUCACCAGUUGCUACUCCUCACAGUACCAACAUGUUUGGAAACAUCGACAAACCGUUAAUGACGGAGCCACAACCAAACGCGCCAUAUUUGCCGCCCACCACCCGCGGUUACCCCAGCAGCGGCGUGGAUGGCCUCGGGGGAAUGAUGCUGGGCUUUUUUUCCGGCAACCACACAGGCGGCGGCCAAGCAGGCCAACCUGUUACUGUCCCACCGCCGAUGCAGGUCCAUUUGGGGUUUGGUAGCCAAGAUCAAAACACAGCUGGCACGGUAGGCGGACAGCUCGGACACGGGCAGCGACCCCGGUUGUUACCGACCGACUCGGGGUUGGCGCUCGACACUGCAUUCCCGGGCCAGCGGGCAACAAAUUUCUCGCCUGUGAUGCCGCCCGGGUCACAGAAUUCCUAUGCUCCCAUGGCGUUUGGGCAGCAAAUGCAUGAUCUCUGUUUGCGACCCCUCCCGUCCGGGUUACAGGGGAUACAGGGCGUGGAGGGCCAGGUAUUCUCGCCGACGGACCAGGGCAUGGUCCCGUCCAUCACAAAUACCACGUAUUAUAACACGCAGGACCCGGAUGACGAUGGAUAUGAGCUGGUUCACCGGAACAGCGAAUGGAUGUGACGGUCGAUGCGUUGAUUGCGAGGAGUGACGAAGGACGGGAGGUACCUGAGGUGUCUUCCGUUUAGAACUUGAAAGGGGCCUGUUUUAGUACACGCGUAUGUUAUUUCCUGUGGAACUUUCAUAGUCCUACAACCUACACAGUCUAUACACCUAAGGCACCUAUUUGUAUCGCGCAAGUUAUCGGUUGCCCGGUGCUCGCGUGGCCUGCAACCCGACUUGAAGUCACGACGAGCUGCCCGAUGGAAGUGGGGUCAAAUCGGGUGGGUCCGGGGACCGACCGCCUGAGGCCCGGCCGACCGUUGCCCGAGCGGACCACAGCUGCCUGAACCCCAGAACCCUGUCAGGCCUUGCGGUCCCUCGUGUGUGCGGCUGUUGAGGUUGGCAGCUU